GCCGGAGACCAAGUGGCGGAAACUAGGGCUUUGGUUUUACCCACGGAAAAGAGAGAGGGACCAGACGGUUGGAGGCUCCACCCCCGGGGAUGCUGGAGGGGCUGCGUUGUUCCCUGCGCCUGGCCCUGGCGCUGGGCCCCAGGCGGCGGCAGCCCGCGCCGCGCAGUCGGUGCGCCGGGACUUGGUCACGCCGCCGGCUUUCGCGUCCAGCCGCGCGCUGCGUGCGGCCACAGCUCUCCGCAGCCCCGCGCCCCCGGGGACUCCCCAUGGCCAGCCCAACCCGCGCCGCUGCGGCCUUCGCCCGCCAGGACUGCAGUAACGGAUGCUCCCCAGAAUGUACCGGAGCAGCGGGAUCAAAAGAGAUGGUGGGGACUUUCAAGGCUAAAGAUCUAAUAAUCACACCAGCCACCGUUUUAAAGGAAAAACCAGACCCAGCGACUCUGGUUUUUGGAAGUAUUUUCACGGAUCACAUGUUGACCGUGGAGUGGUCCUCAGAGUUUGGAUGGGAUAAACCACAUAUCAAGCCGCUUCAGAACCUAUCAUUGCAUCCUGGCUCAUCAGCUUUCCACUAUGCAGUGGAAUUAUUCGAAGGACUGAAGGCAUUUCGAGGAGUAGAUAAUAAAAUUCGACUCUUUCGGCCAAACCUCAACAUGGAUAGAAUGUACCGAUCUGCUGUGAGGGCCACUUUGCCGGUAUUUGACAAGGAAGAACUUUUAGAGUGCAUUCAACAGCUUGUGAAACUGGAUCAAGAAUGGGUCCCCUAUUCAACAACUGCUAGUCUCUAUAUUCGUCCUACAUUCAUUGGAACUGAGCCUUCCCUUGGAGUCAAGAAGCCUACCAAAGCCCUGCUCUUUGUAAUCUUGAGCCCAGUGGGACCUUAUUUUUCAAGUGGAACCUUUAAGCCUGUGUCCCUGUGGGCCAAUCCAAAGUAUGUCAGAGCCUGGAAAGGUGGGACUGGGGACUGCAAAAUGGGAGGGAAUUAUGGCUCAUCCCUUUUUGCCCAAUGUGAAGCAGUGGAAAACAGCUGUCAGCAGGUUCUGUGGCUGUAUGGAGAGGAUAAUCAGAUAACUGAAGUUGGAACCAUGAAUCUUUUUCUUUACUGGAUAAAUGAAGAUGGAGAAGAAGAACUGGCAACUCCUCCGCUAGAUGGCAUCAUUCUUCCAGGAGUGACGAGGCAGAGCAUUCUGGACCUGGCACGCAAGUGGGGUGAAUUUAAGGUGUCAGAGAGGUACCUCACCAUGGGUGAUUUGACAACAGCCCUGGAGGGGAACCGAGUGAGAGAGAUGUUUGGCUCGGGUACAGCCUGCGUUGUUUGCCCAGUUUCUGAUAUACUGUACAAGGGUGAGACUGUACACAUCCCAACUAUGGAGAAUGGUCCUAAACUUGCAAGUCGGAUCUUGGAAAAAUUGACUGAUAUUCAGGUAAGGGCUUCUUUUUUAAAAAAAAGGUCAUCUUAUUUCAGAUGAUUUCAAUCAGAACUAAAACCAAAUCAUAUUUCAGUGGAGAGAAGAGAGUAAACACUGCCAUUUGGGGUUAACAAAUUAAAUUUGUAGAAUAAAGCACAAAAGAAAAAUAUUACCUGUGAUUCCAACACUGAAAUAUAACCACUGUUAAUUUUUGAUAUCUCAAAAAUAUUUUCUGUUAAUAUACUUCUUGAAGUAUUUUUCUAACAAAAUAGUCAUAUGUGAUUUGUUAUCUGCUUUUUUUUCAUCUAGCAAAUCAUUUGCUUUUUCGUAUCAAUAAAUUUCUCCAUUCCAUGUAUAAAAUUUAAUUGAAUUCUGUGAUAUUGAUGUACUAUAACUUUUAAAGAAUCAUUAUUAUUGAACAUUUAUGUUGUUGGCAGUUUUUUUUUUGUUUGUUUUUGUUUUUUUUUACCUGUUACAAACAGUGCAAUCUUUGAUUAUUUCCUUAGGAUAAGUUCCUGAGAUUGUAACUGUUGGGUCAAAAACAGUGCAUACCUAUUUUUUUUCUACUGCUAACCUUGUUCUGCCUGUUUUUUCCUGAGCAGCAGUUUACAGUGGUGUCUCAUCAGACAGUUAAGCAUAUCUCUAGGCAGGCUUAUCAAGUACCACGUAAUGCCAGGUCAUCAAUAAAAGGACUAUUCUAUAACUUGCAAGCCCCUCACACGUUGUUGGACGAUUUUGUUGAGCCCACAUAUCAUCAUUGCCAGUCAGUGAACGUACCCAAGGGGAGCUGAGAUUCAUACUGAAAUGUGAAAUGAAGUUUGAUAGUUUGAGUGACACCAGAUGGUUUAGGUCUUAAAACUAUACAAAAAAAAAAAAAAAAAGUUGACAAAACAGCAGGCCCCUCCAGAGCAACUGAGGUCCUGGGAUAGUAAUAAGAAUGGUAUUUUUGGAAGACUUACUCAGCAACUUUUAUGCAAAAUUAAUAACAUUAAAAGGUAAGAAUGAUUGUGGUUUUUGAAUCGAUGAAAUGUUGCUCUUUUCCUCUUCAGUAAAGGCUUUCUAUAGAAAUCUUUCAACUGGGGCCCCUGGGUGGCUCAGCCAGUUAAGGGUUUGACUCUUGAUUUUGGCUCAAGUCAUGAUCUCAUGGUUUGUGAGAUUGAACCCCACAUCAGGCUCUGUGCUGACAGCAUGGAGCCUACUUGGGAUUCUCUAUUCCCCUUUCUCUGCCUCUCUCUCUCUCUCAGAAUAAACAUUUUAAAAAAUUCUGCAAACUAAAUAAAAGAAUAUCUUAAUAUUAGAAGACAUAUAAUUUGUUGAGUCUUCUACUUUUAUACAUGGAAACAAUUAAAAGUCAUUGGAAAAAAUUAAAUUAAUAAGAAUAGUUGGAUGUUUUGGUAAUCUAAAUUUUUUUACAGUUGAGUAAAUCUGAUGAAGGUAAUAAGUUAUUAGUGUUUUGCACAAAUAAGAAACAUAAAUAGAAUAAAAAUAUAUAAUUGGCCAAAUUAUGAAAGCCUUUAUCCAAAACAGAAAUUGAAAGAUUUUUAAGAGGGAGGCAGUAUUUGCAACAACAUGGAUUGAACUAUAGUGUAUUAUGCUAAGCAAAAUAAGUAACAGAAAGACAAAUGUCGUAUGAUAUCACCCAUAAGAUAAAAACA